GUGGUUUGGAUGUCUUCUUCCUCUUGUUGCUAAUUGUUGAUGCAUCCCUGAGGGUCUGCGUGCGCGUGAGCAGGGCUCUCGUCUGAUCUCUGUCCGCUCGGACCUACAAUGAUAAGCGCCGAGAGUGUUUUGGAGAGUGGAGACCAGCCUUGCAUCCGGCUGGAGCCCCUGAUGAACACGCACUUGCCGGGCAAGGCGACGCCGACCGGUGGCAGCUGCGCCGUCUACAUGGACAGCAGCUCCAAAGUGACAGCAAACGGGGUGCACGACAUAGAGGACCGGAUUCUGAGGAUCACCGGCUACUACGGCUACAACCCCGGAUACUCCAGUCAUAGAAGAGAGGAUGGUUCAGAGUCUCAUGCAGAGACACCAGGCAGCGAAACAAGCGCAGAGAGCCGGUCCUAUCAGACAUGUACCAACACAGCUCUGAAGGUGCUGGGCGGUCUGCUGCUGGUGCUGUGUGUCUCCUCCUCCUGGGUGGGCACCACUCAGGUGGUUAAGCUGACCUUCCAGUCGUUCUCCUGUCCCUUCUUCAUCUCCUGGUUCAGCAGCAACUGGAACAUCCUCUUCUUCCCCAUCUACUACUCGGGACUUGUGGUUACCACACGGGAGAAGCAGACUCCCAUACAGAAAUUCAGGGAGUGCAGCAAGCUCUUUGGGGAGGAUGGGAUGACUCUCAAGCUGUUCGUAAAGAGAACAGCACCCUUCUCAAUCCUGUGGACACUGACCAACUACCUGUACCUCAUGGCCUUGAAGAAACUGACCGCCACUGAUGUCUCCGCCCUCUACUGUUGCCACAAGGCCUUCGUCUUUCUCUUGUCCUGGAUUGUUCUCAAGGACCGUUUUAUGGGUGUUCGGAUUGUGGCAGCCAUCAUGGCCAUCACAGGUAUUGUCAUGAUGGCUUAUGCUGACGGUUUCCAUGGCGAUUCCAUUGUUGGCGUGGCAUUGGCUGUGGGCUCUGCCUCCACAUCAGCUCUCUACAAGGUGCUGUUCAAGAUGUUUCUGGGCAGUGCCAACCUUGGAGAAGUGGCCCACUUCCUUUCCACCAUGGGCUUCUUCAAUCUCAUCUUCAUCUCCUGCGUGCCCCUCAUCCUCUACUUCACCAAGGUGGAGCACUGGGGCUCUCUGUCCUCGCUGCCCUGGGGAUACCUGUGUGGACUGGCAGGACUGUGGCUGGUGUUCAACAUCCUGAUCCAUGUUGGUGUAGUGCUGACGUACCCAAUUCUCAUCUCCAUAGGGACACUGCUCAGUGUGCCGGGCAAUGCAGCCGUGGAUGUUUUGAAACACGAGGUGAUCUUCAGCGUGGUGCGUCUGGCAGCCACCUGCAUCAUCUGCCUGGGCUUCCUGCUCCUGCUGCUGCCAGAGGAGUGGGACUCGGUCACGCUGCGAUUCCUGGCCACCAUCGCAGACAAGAAGUCAGAGGAACACGGCGAGGAGCUGACAGAUUCCAGCGUCCACACUCGAAGCCGCAGUCGAGCAAACGGCACUGUCUCCAUUCCCUUGGCAUGACAUGGCAGAGAUCUGCUAGUCUUGAAGCCCUGUUUGCUCAUGCUCCUCCAGGAGAUGAGGCAGGAAGCCUGGUCCACAUGGACUCUAAUCAGGAAGACAGGAAGUGUUGAACUUCACUCUGGAGAUGCACCUCUGCCUCCACCACUUCACUACAGGAGGAGAAAAGGAGGACUUUCAUGGAUUUCGCUCAUUGAAAGGGUGGAAAGUGUUGUUAACUUUCUUGAAAUGCUCGCCAUGCUCGGCCCUGUUCCUCGCACGCAUCCAAACCAAGAGCUGACUGUC